GUCACCCCAAGCCUGGCAGCCUGACACUGCUUGCAGAGUGCAUAGAUUCCUAGACGGAAGUAAUAGAUCGCAGAGUGGAGGGAAGGCCAGUAUGAAGAUCCUCAUUAAGUCCUGGAAUGGAGUGGCCUCCUGGUCCUGGGUGGCCAAUGAUGAGAAUUGUGGGAUCUGCAGAAUGGCAUUUAAUGGCUGCUGUCCAGACUGUAAGGUUCCCGGGGAUGACUGCCCGUUGGUGUGGGGUCACUGCUCACACUGCUUCCACAUGCACUGCAUCCUGAAAUGGCUCAACUCCCAGCAAGUACAGCAGCACUGUCCCAUGUGCCGGCAGGAGUGGAAAUUCAAGGAAUAAUGGGAUCCUGUCCCAGGACUGGUCCUCUCUCUAGUUCUACGAUCUAUCAUUUAAUGAGAACAUUCUUUUGUUUUGGAUUUAGUUUUUUUGCAAUCCCAGGUUGGUAGAGGGCACGUUGAUGCCAGUUCUUGGUGGAGAUUUUUCCUUUUUCCAUGUGUAGUCGUGCACAGAACGUAUAUAUCCCUCUUCUAGAAAUGAUCAUGGUUCGUACCCCCAGUGAAAUCAUAACACGUACAUCAAUAAUAGUGAGCUUGUGGCACUUCCGUGGGGUUUAUUUAGUGAACUGCGAAUUGUGGCGAAUGAUCCACAGAAUUGCAAAUUUUAGGACAAAAUAACUGAGCUGUAAAAUUAUUUUUAUUUUGACCUCCAAACUCACAGUUUCCCAGAAUUUCCUAAACAAUCAGAUCUAAAGUACAUUUCCCUUUUGAUCCCCUAUUGCCUAGCUGAGCAUUAUGGGAAAUGUAGUAAGCGGAAUCUAAAGUAGCAAAGUUAAGCCAUCAAUAGUCAAGAUAGAUCUACGGAAACUGCAGCAGAGCUCUGGUCCCCAAACUUUCAAUUCAUUUUCCAUGGUCGUAUGAUCUCUAUUUGCUAAAUUUCAAAUGGUCCGCUUCAGGCAUCUCCGUGCGGUGAACGGCAACUCCCAUUGCUCUUAGUCUGUCUACUACCAUCGUGCUCAGUCCCUUUUAUAUAAAUUACUAUAACAGAGCAAUAUAAUACAUAAUACAAGAGCCAAUAGUAUCGCGCUGAAUUGGUUUUAACCUUUUUCAUGUCGGUCGGAAUGAACAAGUAUACUGAGUUUUUUGUUUAAAAUGAUCUUUUCAAUAAAGCAUCAAACAUUGUCUUUGCAAUAAAAUAUUCUGAGAUGUCA